CGCGUGGGCGGGGACCGUUGAAAGCGGCGGCGGCCGGGGAGCGGCGCCAUGGUGAAGCUGCCCUGCGUGAUGCAAGCAGGCGGCUUUGACUCUUCUGACGAGGACUCGGCGGAGGAGGACCCGAGGCCGCUGUCGCUGUCGUGGUUGUCUUUGCCUCCUGUCUACUCUGGUGAGAUCCUGGGAUUAUGUUCCCUCCCAGGUUGCAGGUUUAAGGAUAUUAGAAGAAAUCUGCAAAAAGAUAUAGAAGAACUAAAGAACCAUGGGACCCAGGAUAUAUUUGUGCUUUGUACCAGAGGAGAGCUCUUCAAAUACCGAGUACCUAGCCUUAUAGACACAUACCAACAGCAUGGGAUCUGUGUGCACCACCAUCCUAUUCCUGAUGGGAAUACUCCUGACAUUGCCAGGUGCUGCAAAAUUCUGGAAGAGCUCAGAAGCUGCCUGGAAAAUAACCGGAAAACAAUCAUACACUGUUACGGUGGCCUCGGACGCUCAUGUCUCAUAGCUGCCUGUCUCUUGCUCCAGCUUUCAGACAUGCUGGCACCUCAGGAAGCAAUCGACACCCUCAGGCACCUGAGAGGAUCUGGGGCAAUACAGACCAUAAAGCAAUACAAUUACCUCCAUGACUUCCGGGAGAACCUCUCUGCACACCUGGCAACAAGGGAUACAGCGUUAAGAUCAGUGUUGCGGUAACUGGUGCUGCUGUGGUGCGUCCCUGUGACCUGGAUGAGAUGCCUCACUCCUGACCUCUCCAGUUUCCUGUUGCUGCUGCUUGUGUGACACACCUGCUCCCUUCCAAACCCAUGUGUGAAGUGUUGAGAUGAGGGAAGGAAAUCUUUUUGUUCCAGGCAGUCUUAAAAAUACAUGGAAGGGUGUUUUGUGUUCACUGCUGUUCUGCCAGUGCCCUGCUUGCCUUCAGUACAAUGAUGAUUCUACACAAUGUCUUGUCUCGCCUUUAAUGUCACUUGGUAACAACAGCACAUGCACCUGCUGCUGAACUGCAACACUGAUUAUUUUCCUGGUGACAGCCCAUGGGCAGCUUCAGGGAGCUUACCCAGUGGAAGGGUUCCCAUUUUGUCUCAGUUCUAGGUAGCCUAAGAACUGGGACAAGCAAGGAGAGUCAAAGGUGGGAGCUGCAAAGAGAUGGAAUAGCCUGUAACUCCUCACAGCAAAGUGCAGACUUCCAUUGCUGCUAGGCUGGCUUCUGCUCUGGUGUGCAGGGAGAGGAAAGGAAGAGGUGAAGGAUAACUCCUCUCUGAUGCCCUUGUAAGAGUCAUGCUGUGAUAACAGGUAGGUAAAAAUUACAUCAGUGAAGCCAUUUAAAAGACCCUCAACUCUAGCUUUAAAUCAAAGAGAAGUCAAGCAUGAAAAUUUUCCUGCUGCUGUGCUGGUCCCUUAUGAUCUGGUAAGAACUCAGUGUAACACUGCUUUUAGUGUUUUCAGUGGCAUUUAGAGACAAGGCCCCUCAUCCCAAGAGGAGGUUUCAUGCUGAAGACCUGUGACAACUCAAGCUGGCUGGGGGAGAGGGGGGUGGUAUAUGAAUGUGGUAGGAAAAGAUGCAGUGCUGUAGCCAUGGGGGGAGAUUCUGGCACAGCACUGCUGUGUACUAAUGCUAAAGUAAACAAAUCAUCAGCUGUGGGCUGGAGGGAGCCUUAGAGCAAGGGGAGAGUCCACAUCCCUCCUCUUUAACUAUAUCUGCUCACAAAGACCAGAGAUGAACGGAUUCCUGAAGGAAACAUUUAAGCUAGUUCUGUUCUAUUCUGAGGAAGUGCUGAUCAUCUGCUUCAGUGCCUAGCUAUCCUCUGGGGCCCUGCAUGGCAAGCUUUGGCUUGGGGGAAGAAAGCCCCUGUCACUGGGGCUGUGCCUUUUGCUGGUGCACAAACCAGUGAAGCCAAGGAACUGUCGCCUCAGGGCUGAAGUAGCUGUGCAGUUGCUGUCAGUUGAGUGGCGGCAUCUUAAGUGUCAAUAUCCUGUCUGUCCUGACUUGUCACCAGCUCCUGCUUCCUUGUAGUUAAUUCUGUCAAUGCUGCUUUUUUUUUUUUCCCUUCCAAGUACUUCAAGAAAGCGGCUGGUUACCUGUCCAGCACCAUCAAGGCAGCACUGCUGUCCUGCCCAGGUGACCUUUUUGCUGUUCCUCAAAGCUGCAGCCUACACCUCCCUAGUGCCUACAGCAAAAUGGGUGUUUAUGGGCUAUUUUCGUAAGUUUCAGUAAUUUUUCAAGUGAGAUGUUACGACAUGAGACUCUGCCACAGCACUGGUGAGUUUGAGUUGAAAUAGAACUCACUGCUUUGGUAACUUCAAGAUUUAUAGCCUUCUCUUAACCUGUUCGAACCCAGACACUUGAACAUGUAUUUAUUGCCAUUCCCUAAGGCAGGAACAGGAACUCUACCAGAAGUUUCCACAGCCUGAAGUCACUUAGACAACACUUUGCUUGAAGUGUGUAUUGCUCUGCCCCUGACGCUUCUCUCCAGUGCUCCAACAAACAUCAGAGAAACACAAGAACUGCAAGUUUGUCCCUCCUUCAGUGCUGAAUCCUUACAACUGAUUGUUUUCAGAUAUUAGUACAGAGCAGAAGGCUUUUUAUGAUGACUUAGCAAGAAACUUGCUGACAAGGAAGAGAGAAAUUUCCUUUAUUUUCUCUGUAAUUUUUUUCCUCCUGGAACUCCAAAAAUCAAUUAAUACAAGAACCAUAUUUUGAAUACAAAGCAACUGGUACUGUGGGUGGGCAUCAUGUGCAUCCGUAUGCCCACAGGCACCAGGUCCUUCCACAAGGACUCCUUGGGUCAGACUCAACUGUCAGGCUUUCCUGGCUGCAUAUGGGUGACAACAUUGACUCCCCCCCACCGAGCAGCUGGGUGGCUGCAGGUAGCCACUGACCUUUUUUGAAAAAAAAAAAAAAGCAAAGCACUGAAACCAAUUUCUAAGCAGCAUUUGUCAAGGGACAGGGCAGGGUAGUCACCACGUCACCAUGCUGGCUUCUCCUAGAACUUUUCCACUUCCAACUCGCACUCCUGACCUUUCUCAGCAAUGUUUGGACAGUUUAAAGACCAUUGAAAGGAGAUUACUUAUUUUUUCAGUUCUCAUGUAAGUAACUGCUGUGGGCAGGACAGGCUCCAAAUAAGCCUUUGCCUCCUGGAGUUAGUUAGUGGUAAAUUAAAGUUCAUCAGUAGAUCUGCAAGCGACAAGCUCCUGCCUCUGAAUCCCUCUGUUCAGGGAUACAGCUGAUGGGUAAAGCCCAUCUGGCAUCAGCAGGACAGCACAAACAUUUUGCUAAAUAUCCCUGAUGAAAGCCACCCCAGAGCUGGAGGGGGGGGCAGAAGAGAGGUGUUUUUUAGAAGGAGGAGGGUUUUUUUUAGUAAAACACAUCAUUUAUUCUGGUAUGUAACUUGGUUUAAAUCAGCUCAAGGACCAAAACAUUUGCUUACAAGGCCAAGGACAACUCAAGUUUCCAUAACAGAUUAAAAACUAUACAAAUAGAAGAAAGUUAAUUGUUUUUGCUUACACAGGCUGAAGUUAUAUCUUACACAACCCCUGAAGGUGCUAAGCAGCAGGAAAAGAAAAAUGAUCCAACAGCAACAAUAUUCCUGAGUUUCCUAAAAGCCCUUCAAAAAUUCUAAAAGCUCAAAAUUUUGAUUGCACAAGGAAGAAAAUUCUCAACUAACAACUGAUGGAAAGUGAUUGCAGGACAGCAGUAACAAGUUUUCAGAGAAAACAGGCUCCUCCCAGAGCUCCAGAAGUGUGCAGAAUGAAACUCCUGCCCUGGCAAAGAAACAAGGGCCACGAGGUAACACCUGCAAGUGCUGCAGGUUUUGGGACAGUCAGGGAAAAAAGAAAUUCUGUAUAAUGCUGAAUGCUUGGGCAACUGAAAUUGUCAAUAAAGGCAAGGAAGAAACAA